CUCAGCUCCUGCGGCUCCACUCCACUGACAAUCAAUCGGCCGCGUCGUUCACAGGUGAUCUCUAUUAGCGGACGUCACGUGCCGUCAGGUGUCGCGUGUGCGGAUCAUCAGCGCGUUGCCUCCGCGUGAGGCUUCAUCUUUGCGGCGGGUUCGGGACAGCUGCAGUGCGCUUCGCAGGUGCCAUGUUUGCGCGGUGAGCAUGGCGAGGAAGCAUCUGGAGCGCGGCUACCUGGAGGGCCAGUCGGUCGGGGAGCGUUUCGGCGAGGACCCCGAGCUGGCAGCCAUCAAAGCCAGGGUCCAGGAGCUGGAGAUGGAAGAAGAGCUUGAAAGGCUGAAGGAGGACGAGAGGUGCGAUGCCCAAGAGAUGCAGCUCCUGAGCAGCAGCCCCCGGCCUGGACCUUUCUACAAUAUGACUCCAGAGGAGAGAAUUGAUGCAGACAACAGAUCAGUUUAUGUUGGAAAUGUGGACUAUGGCGCCACUGCGGAUGAGUUGGAGAUCCAUUUUAACGGCUGUGGUCCUGUCAACAGAGUUACCAUUCUGUGUGACCGCUUCUCUGGCCAUCCAAAGGGUUUUGCUUACAUUGAAUUCUCUGAUAGAGACUCUGUGCAGAGUGCCAUUGGUUUGCAUGAGACAAUGUUCAGAGGAAGAGUCCUAAAGGUGCUACCUAAGAGAACAAACAUGCCAGGUAUCAGCACCACAGACAGAGGAGGACACCAAGGGGGGCAUGCCAGAGGAAGGAGCAGAGGUUUCCGACCACCCAGACACCACAACAGCUCUCGAGGAAGGUUCCGGUACCAGUCAACCCGGCCGCAACAACAAACACCCCACCCUUACUACGGGGGAGCCCCAGUGGUAAAGAGACAGUGGGGACAUAUGGACUACCCUGAACACAUGCCUAAACGUUAUCCAUGUCUUCUUCUCAUCACGCCACCAUCAGAGGACCUGGGGCCAGGCUCGAGUGGACAACACUACCCCCAGCAGCGCUAGCACCACCCACAGCUUAUAUCCCAAGUGGGUGUUUGAGGUGAUGAUUUUAAAUUAUUUCCAUACUCCAUCAGAGUGUUGUGGAAAAGACAGAUGACUGAUUUGCACUGUUGAAUCAGUCGUUUGACUCCCUAACAUGUAGACCUAUGAAGACUGGCCAUCUGUUUUAGCAUUAUGAACUUGGAUUGCUGUGAAUGCAUGGACAACCCACAAAUUAUGCAGUUGUAUCUAGUACUGUUUUUAUAUAUUGAUGUAAAUGUUGUUGCUGCCUGCAAUUUAAUGUAGAAUGUAUCAUUUUUAUGUAAGUGAAUAAAUAAAAAUAUCUGCUUGUACUAAAA